AUGGCUGUUACUCCAGAAGAUCCCUUCAUUUAUUUCACGUUAGGUGAGUGAUAAUUAAAAGAAAAUGGAAAGAGGGAGAGAGGUACAGUAAUCCAAAAGGAAAAAAACUUGAUGGGAGGUCAGGCUGAUUUGGUAUUCAGAGAGAGAUUGUUUUACGACUUUUUCUUUGUUUUUCUUUUCGAGUUUUGUUGAUGGUUUUCUAAAUUUAGAUUUCAGAAAAAAUUCUCAAAUUUCAGAAAAAACAUUCUCAGCGCUGCAAGAUAUCAAUUCAGAAUACUUUGUUAUUAUUCAGUUGAAUAUUUCGAAAUGCAAAAAUCUAAUCCAAAUCGAUAAUUUUGAUAAUUUCCCCUAACUUUGAUUGAUGUGUUUAUCCAAAAAAUGAAAAGUGAAUUGUUGAAAAAAAUUCAAAAAAUUAUUUUAAAAAUGUGAAUAAGAUUUCAGCUAUUUUGUGGAAAAAUUUAAAAAAUUCGGAACCCUAAAUGUUGCUUUUUUUUGAAAAAAACUGAAUUUUUAUCUGAUUUUGAAUAGCAUGGUUUUCUCAUUUAUAAUGCUCGGCUUCUUUUUCCUCACCAAAACAAUAAAUCUCAGAACGUGCCAAAAUUAAAUUUUUGUGAAAUCUUGAAUCUGUUUUUUCGGCAUUUUUUUUUUGAAUUUCUACACAAUUUGACAUUCUCUGAGGGUCUUGAAGAGCAAAAUGUUAGUUCUAUCAUAUCUUAUUGGUCUUCCAAAGCAUUACAUAAUGCCAUUUCCUUGAACUUCAUACACGUUUCUCUGAAUGAGAGAUCAACUUUCAACUAAUUCCUAAUCCUACUUGUUCCUCCAAAAUUUCGAAGAACCGCGCACGCGCAAAAAUUCAUCAAACCAGCAAAAUGUCAUUUCAAAAGAUGACGACGAGAACACGCAAGAAAAACAGAUGAAAAUGGCGGGUAUAAAUAAAUACAUGGAUAUUUUGUGUUGGACAAAAAGACACAAGAUGAAUUUUCAAUGAUGGGUACAUACAUUUUCUCAUUCUGAUUCUCUAUUUUCUUUUUGUUUUCCAACAAAAAAUUCAACUGACACCAUAUUCUCUUCAUUUUUUUGACCCCAAACAAUAAUAACCUCUCUUUUUUUCGCGAACACUUUUCAAUGAAAAAUGCAUUAUUCAAUUUCCUAUUUUUUCGGCGAGUCCGAAGAAAAAUCCAAGUCAUUCAUUCAUUCUAUUUCAAAUUUUUUUCUUUUUCAAAACUCAUAAAAAUCACAAUGGAAACGGCAAUUAUUCGUUCCACAUGUUCAAUUAAUCAUAACGUUUUCUUUUUUUUGUUUUUUUUGUGGAUGGCUCAAAGUUAAAUUCCAGAAAGUGUAUUUAGAAUGUUAGGUGGAUCUGCAGCUUCUUGUACACGUCCUUUACAAAAAGCGUUGAUUCCUUUGGCGGUUACUGUACCUCCAGCAGCACUGUUCAUUAGCGGCAGAACACGAUCAUUUAAUAGUGGGUUACUGUGCUGAAAAAAGUUGAAAAUUUUUUUUUCAAAUUUUUUAAAAUUUCAAGAAAUAAUUUAUUUAUAUUUCAGAAGAAGAACUUGAUACACAACCUGCUGUAGAACGUCACAAACCUCCAAGCAUUGAUGUUCUUUUUGAAAAAACAAAAUUCUCCCGAAGCGAAAUACAGUACCUCUACAGAACAUUCAAAGAGGUAAGCCUGUUAUUUUUUUUUUACUUUGAAUUCUCAAACAAGGGAUUUUUUUAAAGGUUUGGCCUAAUGGAACAGUUGAGCUUGUUCAAUUCCAAUCAAUUUAUGCAGAUAUUUUCCCGGAAGGAAAUUCGAAACCAUAUGCAGAAUUAGUGUUUAGAAAUAUUGAUCAGAGUCGAACGGGAAGCAUCACAUUUUUGGUGGGUUAAGGGAUAUUAUGAAGGUUUUUUUUAAAUAGUAGAGUAGGAAAUGAUAAGCAAUACACAUUCGAAAAUAUCAAAGAAGUUACUGGAUCUGAAAUUCAAAAAUACAUAGGUCCGAAUUUUUUUAAAAAUGUGUAUUUAUUCCCCACGCUGUACUUCGAGUUUGUAAAUUUGAUGUUUAUUUUUCAGUAUUUUUGAAAAAAAGUUAUUUUGAAAAACAAAAAGGUUAAACUAAAGAUCAUGAACGAAGUUCGUUAUCAAAAUUGUAUUUUAAUGUUGUUUACAAUACAUUUUUGAAAUUAAAAGAUAAAAAUAGUUUUUUUUUAAUUUCAGCAAAAAUGAAGAUGUACAAACAUAUUUUUUUUCCUUACAUUAGUGUUGAAUUUCGUCUCACCAUCACAAACUUCACAGUUCCCCCAACUCCAGAAACAUUUAUCCGACUUUUAAAAACUCAGAGUCGAGCCCCGAAAAAAAACCUGCCUCUGGCAUUUUUCAUUUUUUCUAGAAACAUAUUUGAGCACUGAAAUUCUUUUAUGCUGCUCAAAAAUCUGCACAUGUUUUCCAUCUGCUAAUCUGUGAAAAAACGUAUUUUUUGCAGGAUUUCGUAACAAGUUUCUCAAAAAUUGCCAAAGGAACAUUGGAAGAAAAAUUGGACUGGAUUUUCUCAUUAUAUGAUUCGAAUUGCGUUGGUUAUAUUGGAUAUCAAGACAUAUACAAUGUAGUCAAGUUUGUGUUUUUUUCGUGUUACAUCGUUAUUAUCAUCAUCGUCAUCAAAAAAAAUUGUUGAGAAAAUCACGUUCAAAUACCACGUGACAAUUUGAGACGCGAAAAAUGAAUUUAAUCAAAUUAGUAUCAAUUCUUAUCAAAUCUAGAUUUCAAACAACUAAUCUUCAAAUAUUUUUCAAAGACAAGCUUUUUGCAAAAUUGUAGAUUUCACUAUGAAGAAUUCUAAAUUGAAAAAUCUAACGUUUUCCAGAUCGAUGUAUCAGUUGGUCGACGCAACUCUAAAACCAGCUGUCAUCGCGACCAUAUGUCGACAACAUGUCAAAAUCGUUUUUAAAGUGACGAAUUCUGUUUUCUGUCUUCCAGAAGCAAAAUCAAUUUUUUUCAGAAUCUUCAAAUUCAACAAGGUGGGCGUGUGAGUCGUCAAGAGUUUUUUGAGAAGUGUCAACAAAAUUCCGAAAUUAUGGAGUCGUUUUCAAUGUUUGGAACACUUAUGAAAAUGCAAUGA